UCACAUGACCCGUCUAUUUUGUUCCCGUGAUCAAAUCGUGGAAAUUCAAAAAUAAUUACGCACAAUGGCCAAAAUUAAAAUUGACGUUGAUGACAUACAUGAGAAUUCGCUCGAUAACAGUGCGGACAGUGAAUAUCUCGGUAUUGGUGAAGAAGGAGCUUUCGGUAGUACAGCGCCGAGACCACAGUUAGUACCGCAAUCGUUUUUGGAUACAAACGAAAAUACCACUGCUUAUCAUUUCAAAGACAUAUCUGGUACAGUAACAUAUAAAUUAAUAACAAUGACGGGUGAAGAAAAUGUUGCAAAUGCCUCACCGUCUCCUCCUCACAAUUUUCCUGAUGCAGAAUACUAUGUGAUAAGUAAUCCAGUUGAUGUCUUUGGACCAUCUGCUGCUGCAAAAAAGCCAAUCCGCAGGGAUCCACUGCAAGCCAAAGCUGUUAGUACUAAAAAGCGUGACGAUAAACGGAGAGCUACACACAAUGAGGUUGAGAGACGUCGUCGAGACAAAAUCAACAGCUGGAUCACGAAGUUAGCAGCAAUGGUGCCCAAUUCGGGAAUGCCAGACUCUGCCAGUAAGGGUGGUAUAUUGGCAAAGGCUUGUGAUCACAUUGCAGAUCUCACAGAAAAACAAAAAAGGUUAGAAAAACUGGAAUUAGAUAACAAGAAAUUAGUAUUCGAAAUAUUGAGGCUGAACCAAGAAUUGACUGAAGUGCGAAAAGAGAAUUCUUCAAUGAGAAACCAGCUCGCUGAUAACUGUGUGGUCAUUCCUAAAAAAUCAAAAGACCCAAAAUCAUAGUUCACGGUAAAGCUGUUAAUUAGUGUUUAGACUAUUGGACUGAAAUAAUUAGGUGCUGUAUGUCUAGAAUACCUAUGGAUGAUACAAAGUGGUCACAUCUGGGCAGUCAAAAUGUCAUGAGAGUGAAAUGAAUGUAUGACAAAUUUCCUUAUGAAAACUAUGUUCAUUGUACACAAAAUGUGUUCAAUAUUAUAAGAUUAGAAUUUUCUCCAUAUAAAACUUUGAUAAAUAAACGAUUAAGCACUAGUUAAAUACAAGAUAUGCAAUAUAAAAAUGUUCGUUAAAUAGCAUACAAUCAAUUUUACUGUCGAGGCAGUAGUGUCUUGUUUGAUUUGAAUUUAAGUGUAUUCAAUUUCAUAUACUUUAAUUAAUUAGAAUAAUUAAUUUUAUUUUAAUGUAGAAAUCAAUAAUAGUUACUAUACAUAAUCGAUUUAAAGCUAUUACUCGUAUAUUAUUCUUGAAUAUAUAAAAUUACCAAACAUCUGUGUUAACACAAAGCAUGUAUUUUAAUAUCAUGUGAUUUCCUGUAAAUAAAAAAAUAGCAAUACAGAGGUCCCUCGUAUGACAUUAAAAAACACGGUUUCGAUAUUAGACGAUACCGGAAUUGAGGUAUAAAGCUUUAAAUAACAUGAUUUAAAAAAUAUAUAUAUAUUGGAAAUUGGAAUUUUCCUUUAAAUUACGUUCAAUAAGGAAAGUCUUUAACUUUAUUGCUACCAAAAAAUCGUUUAGUUCAUUUUGAGAUGGCCAGUAUGUCUUUAGAAAUGAAAUUGAUAAAGUUUUCGCUUGGUUUGUUUUUUAACAUUUUCGAAAGUAAAGUGAAAUGUGAAAAACAGUACAUACAUUAAUUUUAUUAAAAGUUUAUAAGUGCAUAAUAAUUUUGAUUUGUGAUAUUUAAAAAAUGACUUCAUAAAGUUUAAAAUCUAAUUUUGGAUCUUAAAUGUAGAUUAUGUUUGACAAUAUCAAUAAGCAAUUUAGAAUCAAUUCACUCGAAAGAAAAAAAAUGAAUUUUAGAUUGUAUAAAUUGCUGAUUAAAGUCGAAAUCAUUAAAUUUAAUCGAGGCUACUAUGCAUCAUAAAAAUUUACACCUUCAAGACGAGGUUUUGAUAUAAUGCGGUACGCAUUGCUUUUAUUUAAAUUUCAAGGUUUCGUAUAACAGGGUUUCGACAUAACACAAGACAAGGCUUCGAUACUACAUGGCAUACCAUGUUUCAUAUAACACGGUUUCGGUAUAGAACAGUACGAAUUAAUCGUGUUAUACGAGGGACACUCCUGUAUUGUAAUUAAUAGGCCCGUCUUCAAUAACACUUUUUUUUUGUUAAAUGUACCUGGCGAUAUACGAAGAAAAUGUAUUCAAAAGGGCCACAGGUAAAAUCGGGGUCUUUUAACUAGUAUUUGUAUACGAAAUGAAGACUAAUUUUAGUUAUUUGUUUAUCAGUAGAGUACAAGCUUUAAAAAUCACUAUCCAACUCUUAUGACAGUCUAAAUAAAGUUCAGAAUUACUCACUCUCCCAAUUAUUUGUAGACAAGAGAUAAAACAAUUGUAUAACACAUAUUAAUUGUAAUUUAAAAAAUUGUAGGCCAUUGUUCAUUGAAUAUGUUGUAUUUAGUUAUAUAAUAAUUAAGUUUGUGUCUGUGAUUUAAUGAACAAGGCACUAAAGUUGUAUAGUUUGUAAUGUCCGGCUGUUUUAUAUGUUUAAAAUUAGGUAGUUCAUAAUAAUUAAAGUUAUAUUGUGUAAAUAAAACGUAUAUUAUCAAUCUUCACUAAUUUAUGGUGAAUUUUUUUUUUGUUAUCUGGCAAUACUGUCCAUCAUUUUUUCUUUUUUUGUAUCAUUUGAAAAAUAACGAUAUGGCUUAUUCAUUGCAUAAAAUGUAAUUUGAUACGAAUUUUGCAUCAGUUAACUUUACUGUGCAGUUGAGAAAUAAGCCCUGACAUUGUUAUUUAUUUAUAUUUAUAAACUCUUCCUUCUUAUAUAAUAUGUCAUUGUUUAAGUUUGGUUGCGUACCAUAAUUAUUUUAUUUAAAUUAUGACUAACGGAAAUUGCAUUUAAGUUAAUAAUAUUGAUUAAAAUCGAUACACGAAAUUGGGAUACGUUUUCUCAAUUAAUUAUGGUCGUUUCCAUUAAACCAUAACUGUACAGUGAUAAGUUUUUAUAUAUUUUUUAUAUUAUGUAAGUUCAGACCUAUUUGAAAUAAAAUAAGGUGUUGUUGAAA